GGAGCCCGAGCUGGGGGCGCGCCGGGGAGCCGGGGCUGCAAGGGGCCCGCGCCACGGCCAUGGGGGCCUCCGGAUUGCGAUGAGGACCUGAGGCAUCUGCCUGCUGACCUGCCCCAGCCCACCAUGGCCAUGGCCCCCCGUAAGAGGAGCCGCCAUGGCGUGGGCCUCCUGUGUUGCUUUGGAAGCAGCGACCUCUCGGAGAUGGACCUCCGGGACAGCAGUGCCCUACAGUACAUGGAGUUCUCCAGCACCAUCCCCAACCCAGAGGAGCUCAAUGUCCGCUUUGCGGAGCUGGUGGAUGAAUUGGAUCUCACAGACAAGAACCGGGAGGCUGUGUUUGCACUGCCGCCUGAGAAGAAAUGGCAGAUCUACUGCAGCAAGAAGAAGGAGCAGGAGGACCCCAACAAGCUGGCGACCAGCUGGCCAGACUAUUACAUUGAACGCAUCAACUCCAUGGCCGCGAUACAGAGCCUGUAUGCCUAUGGUGAAGAGGAGAUGGAGAUGAGGAACAAAGUUGUGGAGGACCUGAAGACGGCUCUCCGGACGCAGCCCAUGAGGUUUGUGACCCGCUUCAUCGAGCUGGAGGGCUUGGCCUGUCUGCUGAAUUUCCUCCAGAGCAUGGACCACGCCACCUGUGAGAGCCGCAUCCACACCUCCCUCAUCGGCUGCAUCAAGGCUCUGAUGAACAACUCCCAAGGGCGGGCUCACGUGCUGGCGCAGCCGGAGGCCAUCAGCACCAUCGCCCAGAGCCUGCGCACAGAGAACAGCAAGACCAAAGUUGCCGUGCUGGAGAUCCUGGGUGCUGUGUGCUUGGUACCUGGAGGCCACAAGAAGGUACUGCAGGCCAUGCUGCAUUACCAGGUGUAUGCGGCAGAGCGAACACGCUUCCAGACUCUGCUGAAUGAGCUAGAUCGAAGUUUGGGGCAGUAUCGGGACGAAGUGAACCUGAAAACGGCCAUCAUGUCCCUCAUCAACGCUGUCCUCAACGCUGGAGCCGGAGAGGACAAUCUGGAGUUCCGCCUCCAUCUCCGGUAUGAGUUUCUGAUGCUGGGGAUACAGCCUGUGAUCGACAAACUCCGGCAACAUGAGAACGCCAUCCUGGACAAGCACUUAGACUUCUUUGAGAUGGUCCGAAAUGAGGAUGACCUGGAGCUGGCCCGGAGGUUUGACAUGGUCCACAUCGACACUAAGAGUGCCUCCCAGAUGUUUGAGCUGAUCCACAAGAAGCUGAAGCACACGGAGGCCUACCCCUGCCUGCUCUCUGUCUUACACCAUUGUCUGCAGAUGCCCUACAAGCGGAAUGGUGGCUUCUUCCAGCAAUGGCAGCUCCUGGAUCGCAUCAUCCAGCAGAUUGUCCUUCAGGAUGAGUACGGCGUAGACCCGGACCUGGCUCCGCUGGAGAACUUCAACGUCAAGAACAUUGUCAAUAUGCUCAUCAAUGAGAAUGAAGUGAAACAGUGGAAAGACCAGGCAGAGAAGUUCCGGAAAGAACACAUGGAGCUUGUGAGCCGGCUAGAGAGGAAGGAGCGGGAGUGUGAGACAAAGACGGUGGAGAAGGAGGAGAUGAUGAGGACGCUGAACAAGAUGAAGGACAAGCUGGCCCGGGAGUCCCAGGAGCUACGCCAGGCCAGGGGACAGGUGGCAGAGCUGGUAGCCCAACUCAGUGAAAUCCCAACAGGCCCCUCGUCUUCUCCAUCUCCCCCCGGAGGCCCACUCACCCUGUCUUCCUCCAUGACAACCAGUGACCGGCCUCCACCCCCACCCCCUCUCCCCUUCUCCUGCUGCCCCCCACCUCCCCCGCCACCCCUUCCGCCUGGCGGGCCUCCCACCCCCCCGGGAGCCCCACCGUGCUUUGGCCAGGGCCUGCCCCUGCCUCAAGACCCUUUCCCCAGCAGCGAGGUUCCACUCAGGAGAAAGCACACCCCCCAGCCUUCCCACCCACUGAAGUCCUUCAACUGGGUCAAGCUGAACGAGGAGCGUGUCCCUGGCACUGUGUGGAAUGAGAUGGAUGACACAAAGGUAUUUCAGAUUCUGGAUCUGAAGGAUUUUGAAAAGAUGUUUUCAGCUUAUCAGAGGCACCAGAAAGAGCUGGGCUCCACCGAGGACAUCUACUCGACCUCCCGAAAGGUCAAAGAGCUGUCAGUCAUCGAUGGCCGGAGAGCCCAGAACUGCAUCAUCCUCCUCUCCAAGUUGAAGCUUUCCAACGAGGAGAUCCGGCAGGCCAUCUUGAAGAUGGAUGAGCAGGAGGACCUGGCUAAAGAUAUGCUGGAGCAGCUCCUCAAGUUCAUUCCAGAGAAGAGCGACAUUGACCUCCUCGAGGAACACAAGCACGAGAUCGAGCGGAUGGCAAGGGCCGAUCGCUUCCUCUAUGAAAUGAGCAGGAUCGACCACUACCAGCAACGACUACAGGCCCUGUUCUUCAAGAAGAAGUUCCAGGAGCGGCUGGCAGAGGCCAAACCCAAAGUGGAAGCCAUCCUGCUGGCCUCCCGGGAGCUGACCUGCAGCAGGCGGCUAAAGCAGAUGCUGGAGGUGGUCCUGGCCGUUGGCAAUUUCAUGAACAAAGGGCAGCGUGGGGGUGCCUAUGGGUUCCGGGUGGCCAGCCUCAACAAGAUCGCAGACACCAAAUCCAGCAUCGACAGAAACAUCUCCCUGCUCCACUACCUGAUCAUGAUCCUGGAGAAGCACUUUCCCGACAUCCUCAACUUGCCCUCGGAGCUGCAGCAUCUUUCAGAAGCCGCCAAAGUCAACCUGGCAGAGCUGGAGAAGGAGGUGAGCAACCUCAAGAAAGGCUUGCGAGCUGUGGAGGUGGAACUAGAAUAUCAGAGACAUCAAGUACGGGAGCCCAAUGACAAGUUUGUCCCCGUCAUGAGCGAUUUCAUCACUGUGUCCAGCUUUAGCUUCUCAGAGCUGGAGGACCAGUUAAAUGAGGCCAGGGAUAAGUUUGCCAAGGCAUUGGUGCACUUCGGGGAACAGGAGAGCAAGAUGCAGCCAGAUGAAUUCUUCGGCAUCUUCGACACCUUCCUGCAGGCCUUCUUGGAGGCCCGGCAGGAUCUGGAGGCCAUGAGGAGGAAGAAAGAAGAGGAGGAGAGGCGGGCACGAAUGGAGGUCAUGCUGAAGGAGCAGCGGGAACGGGAGCGAUGGCAGCGGCAGAGGAAGGUCCUGGCUGGGAACACGCUGGAGGAGGGAGGCGAAUUUGAUGACCUGGUGUCGGCCCUGCGUUCCGGGGAGGUUUUUGAGAAGGACUUAAGCAAGUUCAAGCGCAACCGCAAGCGAUCCGUGAGCCAGGCGCCGGAGGUCACCCGUGAGCGAGGAAGAAACAGGCUACACUAUUGACCCGAGGGCUGGGCCGGGCCGGUGGGGGAGCUGAGUGGAGGAGGUGGUGACUUGAAAUAAUCUGGUGCUGGGUUUGGAGCCAUGGGCUGGGUCCUGGGGGGCUGUGUGUGGCUGGACCGGGUGUUUCUCCACACUUCACCUGAAGGGAUGUCUCUUACCUCCCUGCACAUUAUUAUUAUUAUUUUCCAGUCUCUGGGCACCCAGGGGUCAUUCUGAGGUUGGCUUGGAUGGCCCUGGCAGGUCCUGGCCUCUGGCUAGGUGAUCUAUGCAGAGAUGGCACUAUCCCUUAUGCCGGGCGACCGGGCAGCCAAGUGGGUGAAGAACUUCUAGGUCAAGACAGCAGAUGUCUGUGGGGCUUGUCCUCAGCUCUAGGGGGACAGGAAAGUGACCGACAUGGACCUGAGGGGCAAGAGAAGAGAAGCGAGGCCCCCAUCCCUCCAGAAGAGGCUCUGUGAGCACCAUAUCUGGACACAGAUGCUCCUCUUGAAGGGAAACAGAAGAAGCAUUAGGCAUGCUAGCUAGAUCAGUUCCUGGUGUGUGCCAGGAACGGGAGCAUUGACAAGACAAUGAGGGACCAAAGCCAUCAGGACAGAGCCUCAAGGCCUGUUUCCUCCAGAGCAAGCCCUCCAGCCUCUCCUCCUUCCCUCAGUCACUUCCUUCCUAUCUACCAACACAUGCUCACAAAACUCACCCUUGGGUUUCCAGGACUUCCGCUCACUGCCAGGUACGAGGGGAAUCUGGACGGGAAAGGGGCCUGAGAAACCUCCUCCAUCACCACACCUCAUGCUCUGGCCCCUGAGGAUCCUGUAGCUACUCUCUAUACCACCUGACUAUCCUACAGCAAGGCUGUGAACACCCCCUGUCACCCUGGGUGCUCAGUCGGCCCCUCAUCAGAGGACAUCCCUGAGAUGCUCAGGAGUGAGCCCCAGGGCUACCACUUCAUGUUACUCACUCAGACACCCCCUCCCUUCUCUAAUACCGGCUCCCUGGCAAAGCCACUCUGCGGUCUGUAGAUUAUGUGUGCUGGUUCUAUGUGGUCCUGAGGGCCAGGGUGUGCCUUGGCCUUCCAAGGAGGCGUUUGGACUGGUGUGGGGGGGAAGGUUGGGGGGAAAGAGGACAGAUUGAGGACACUGGAGAGAUGAAAAUGGAGGAGAGCUCACUUCCUUGGGGGCGAUCUCUGCCUGAAGGAGUCAAGAGAGGAAGACAAGAGGAGGAGGAAGUCAAGACAGAGGAGGCUUUCACCAGCUCUGGUGCUUCACCCUGAUUUGUGGGAGUCCAUUCUGGCUCUGCUGUCGACUGCUACCUUCCACGCCGGCUGUGGUCGUAGCAUGUGGGCUGAUGUAUGUACAAGAGUGGUUUUUCUACAUGGAAGGAGGCGAGGUCAAUCCUAGCAAGGUCUUACUUUCCAUUGACCAUCAUCUCUUCUUCUAUGAGGUGAGCUGCCUGAGCCUCCUGGCCUUUCUGCCCCUCCCCCUUUCUAUUUCUCAUCCAAUCCCCUGCCUGGCUUAGGGUCAGUACCUGCAGACAAGUCUGCCGGGCUGGACCUACUCAUCAGCUGCCCGUCUUCUCUUUCCCUAUGUGAGAUUCCUGGGGCGAGACCAUAGUAGCUGCGUGCAUGUGUGGAAAGUGCACAAGGUGAGCCCAGCACGUGCAUUGGUGGUGCAAGCGGGGCAGGCAGGCGUGUUCCGCCAGGAGGGAUAUGAGCAAGUGUAUACCUGGCUGGCACAGGUGUGAAGCGGCCACCUGAGAUCCAGGUGAGGGCAAGAUGGUUUCUAGGAAGAACAUCUGCUGAGAGCUGCAUUUUCCCCCUAUCUGCACAACAAAUCUUCCUACUGCCAGGAGCAGGCUCUGGGGUGGAGAGGGCGGGUUAGGAACUCUUAAGGUCCUCUCCCCAGGCUGGCCAUGCUGAGCCUUCCCAGGGAACAGGGGAAGGUUCUGCUUCCGUCCAUCAGACACAUCCACAUCCUGGCAUUCCCAUGUACGAUGGAGGACCCGGUAUGAACCAAGAAAGAUGAGUAUGAGGCUGUUCAAGACACAUUGGCUCUUCAGAAAAGCAGUUUGGUUUACCUGUUUACAGAGGACAGUAUAUUGUUCCAGAACCCAACUUUCUUCCUGCCCACCCCUCAAACAUUGUUUUCUUCCCUAUUUAUUAUUUCCUCGAUUUGGCCAGUGGCUCUGAUGUUACGAUGCCGCUGCCACCAGGUCCCAGCAGCGCCGUGGACCGUUGCAGUCGCUCAGCAGGCAGGGUCUGUGCAGGAUCAGUCCCUUAGGUUAAGUGAUUGAGACUGUGGCUGAGUUCUUUGGUCUUGUGUUCUCUAGCGGGGGGGACAGGGGCCCACUUUUUGCCACCUGCGGAUCCUUUUUUUUUUUCUUUCCCUCUAGCUAAUUUUGUGUCCAGUGUAAAAUUCAGUCAAAACCUAAUAUAACCCUCUCGGCAGCAGCAUUCUCCAACCCUCCCCCACCACAAGGGAUGUCUAGGGAAGUGUGUGUGUGUGUGUGUGUGUGUGUGUGUGAGUGAGAGAGAGAGAGAGAGAGAGAGAUUGUCCAUGUGGAUGGGGAAGGGCUCUCCAUCCCUUUGUGAACUGGGGUGCUGCCACUUUUCCCCGGGGACCUCUACCAAAGGUACCAAGGCUGCUGCUCUCAUCAGCUGCCUCAGAUGACAAAAUGAGGCUCAUGUAAAAAAAAAUUCAUUUUUUACUUGCACCUUUUAAAAAAAGAAUAUAUUGUAAUACUAAAAAAAAAACCCCAACAAACUAUUAAAAUCCAUACCACAUACCACCCCUA